CAAACUUCAAUUCACUGACGUCAUCUCUCCUCUUCCAAUCUAAUUUCUCAACAGGAAAAAAAACUAACUUACAAAAAAAAAAAAAAAAUCCUUCUCAUUCCGUAAAUUUCAAAUUUGAAGCCCUAGCUCUCCAAUUUUCUUUUAUUUCUGUAUUCCUGUAAGCUGAGCUCUCUCUGUGGAUGACAAUUCGAUCUCCGAGCUCUCCUUUUGUUUUCUUUGCAUUUUUGAAUAUUUAAUCAUUAUUUCGCUUAUCCAAUUCCAACACCGUGUUGAAUUGUGUGAAAAUUUUUUGGCUUAAAAUUUUGAUCUGUCUUGUUCCCGUCGAUCUGCUGGUAGAGGUCCAGAUUUGGUGCGAUUGCAUCUGAUUGCGGCCAUAGUAUUGACCUUCAAGAGCGGGAAGGGAGGUUCGGGAUUUAGAAAAAGGAAGGAGAUGCGUUCCAAGAAGAUGGAAGGUCCUUCGGCUCCAACGAUUCGUCGAGACCCUUACGAAGUGUUGUGCGUGUCGAAGGAUUCCACUGAUCAGGAGAUCAAGACUGCAUACAGAAAGCUAGCUCUUAAGUAUCAUCCUGAUAAGAAUGGUAGCAAUCCUGAAGCUUCAGAGCUUUUUAAGGAGGUUGCAUAUUCUUAUAGCAUUUUGUCUGACCCAGAGAAGAGAAGGCAAUAUGACAGUGCUGGGUUUGAGGCUGUUGAAGAUUCCAUGGAUAUGGAGAUUGAUUUGUCUAAUUUGGGAACAGUUAAUACAAUGUUUGCCGCAUUAUUCAGCAAGCUUGGUGUCCCAAUCAAAACUACAAUUUCAGCUAAUGUUCUUGAAGAAGCUCUGAAUGGAACUGUCACUGUUAGACCCCUUCCAAUUGGAACAUCAGUUAGUGGAAAGGUAGACAAGCAAUGUGCCCAUUUCUUUGGCAUAACAAUCAACGAACAACAAGCUGAGGCAGGGAUUGUUGUGAGAGUUACAUCAACUGCGCAAAGCAAAUUUAAGUUACUUUACUUUGAGCAAGAUGCCAAUGGUGGCUAUGGUUUGGCCUUACAGGAAGAUAGUGAAAAGACUGGCAAGGUGACUUCUGCAGGCAUGUAUUUCUUACAUUUUCAGGUGUACAGAAUGGACUCCACUGUAAAUGCGUUAGCAAUAGCUAAAGACCCUGAAUCUGCUUUCUUUAAAAGGCUGGAAGGUCUUCAACCUUGUGAGGUUUCAGAAUUAAAAGCUGGCACUCACAUAUUUGCUGUUUAUGGAGAUAAUUUCUUCAAGACUGCUUCUUAUACAAUUGAGGCACUUUGUGCAAAGUCAUACGAGGAUACCAGUGAGAAGCUUAAGGAUAUUGAGGCACAAAUUUUAAGAAAGAGAAAUGAAUUGCGUCAAUUUGAGACAGAAUACAGAAAGGCAUUGGCACGCUUUCAAGAAGUGACCAACCGAUACAGCCAGGAAAAGCAAUCUGUAGAUGAGUUGCUGAAACAGCGCGACAGCAUUCACGCUGCAUUCACUGUAGCCAGGGCAUUGAUUGCUGUUAACAGUAAUUCAACUAAUGGAAGUACUAGCAAAGUCCCUGGUGAAGAUUUUAAGGCUGAGAGUCCAGGGGAAGAUGGAGGCUCAGAUGGAAAGGAUAAAUCAGCCAAAAAGAGAUGGUUUAAUUUGAACCUCAAGGGAUCAGAUAAAAAGCUUGGUUGAACUGUUGAAAUGGUACUUAGAUGAUUUUGUUUUGUUCAAAAGGUUUAUUGCGUCUCCUAGGGUUUGAUGUGUCUGGGCUAGCAGUUUGCUGCCUGCUAAAGGCUUGUAUAAUUCCUUCUAUUCUUUUCCCUCUAUGGGUUACUGCAAAUGAUGUUUAAUUAUGGCGCAUUACAGUGUGGUCCAUUAUGGGAAUCGAAAUUCCAAAGCGUUCAUGGUAAAAUGCAGCUCUUUCAUCCACCACACCAAAUAGCAGCAGCCUCAACGCAUGUAGCUAUGGUCCCCAGAAAACUCUUUGACCCAGUCCUAGGUAAAAUGUAACCCUGGAAGUUUUCUGUUAAAUCUCAGUAUUUCAUAAGAAGAUUGCUGUAUGAUUGUAUGCAGGUUAAAUUGUACAUGCGAGAUUGAUUGGGAAAGAAAACAGGAAUUAUUUA